CUCUGCACCUCCUCCAGAACGCACAGAUUGGGUGAAAUGACAGGCAGUGGAGGAGAGGAGGUAUAGAGCCAGGAUCAGAAGAGGCAAAGCAGAACAACUUCUGGUCGACGAGCGUGGAGAGGAGAGGAGAAAACGGCUAUGUCGUUAUAAUUAAUGUAGCUAUAUACGCUUCGAACAUCGGGCUUGCAAGGGUUUAUUCUGGUUCUUGAUCAUUGAGGCGCCCUACUAGGCGCCGGUGAAACACGUGGCACUUUGUAUUCCCUGUCUUAAGAGCUUUGCUUAACGGAACGUAGCUGGUAGCUGAGCACUCCGCUCGCUCCCUUUAUUUCUCGUCGUCCGGAGUUAUUUAUAGUUAGCUCUGAGAACCACUGACAUCAAAGUAAAACAUCAUCCGUCGCAGCAGCAGAAGAGGAGAAAAGAAGCCAUCAGUGUGUUUUACUAGCCGAAUUAAACUGGAAAAGAAAUGGGAAUUCAAAUGAAUUUAGUGCUGUGCGCAUUGGUGUUCUUGAUACGCUCUUCUGACAUCAGAGGUCAGAACACCGACAUGCCCCUCAGCUUGGGCCCAGCUCUCAACCUGAGUGAAGUGCCCCCAACCGCCCCUGUCCACAGCACAACCGCCCCUCUCCACAACUCAACCGCCCCUGUCCACAACUCAACCGCACCUGUCCACAACUCAACCGCACCUGUCCAUAGCUCAACUGCCCCUGCCUCCAGCUACUCCUCUCAACCGAACAGCACUCUCAACACCCCACUCCUACAGAGUCCCACAUCCAACAGCAGCAGCGACAACAGCAGCAGUGACGGCAGCAACAGCACAGUGGGGAUCACCCCUGUAAGCACCCCGGUGCCCACACCUCAGGACCAUAAAGCCCUCCAGAAUCAAACCACUACUGAUGUUCCAAUCACAACAGGAAGUGUGGCAUCUUCUGCCCCAGCGAACGGCACCACCAAUGAAGAGCUCGCUUCAAGCUCUGCACCAAACAUCCAGCAGGCCACAAACAGCCCGAAUAUCUCCAGCCCCCAACCUACCACCGCUACCACCAGUAGCCCGAAGACCACCAGCACUGCCCCAGCCACUGCCAAGAACACCGCUUCUGAGCUCAAUGUGGGAGAUGAGGAAUUGCCCUCGGUCACACGCAAAUCUGGAGCUCCUCUGGAUCCUCUCCUGGCGGGCCUGGUGUCAGUGUUCAUCGUGAGCGCCGCCAUCGUGUCACUCCUCCUCUUCCUCAAAUUUCGGCGAAGGAACGAAGGUCCAGAAUUCCGCAGACUCCAGGAUCUACCGAUGGAUGACAUGAUGGAGGACACUCCGCUUUCCAUGUUCAGCUACUGACUGCCUUUCACCGACCCUCUCUCUUCCAUUCCCUGCUCAGUCAUUGUUCUGUUUUAUUCCACGGUCAGCCAGAGGGCACACAGAAAGCAGCCCUUCAGUUUGAGGAUUGAAGCCUCCAAUAACAGUCAGGCACUUUAUUUCUAUCAGAUGAUGUGUAGUCUGGAUAUCUCAAAAAGUCAAUAAUAAUACAACCUACAGCCCCCUCGCCAAAAACACUCCCAUUUAGUGGUGCAGCUAUAGUGGUGCUCACAGUCACACUGCCCUCUGGUGGAAUCAGGGAAUACAAGGGAGAGGAAAAAGUGGAUGGGAUUGAGCUACGCAGUUUUAAUAUUUGAUGUGGGGAAGGACUGAAGCAAAGAGAAGAUGGAUGGAUUGUGAGCGGAAGAAGCUGGCCAAAUGGUGGCUGAGCCUGUCCCUGUCAAGUGUGCUGCACUUCCAGUGAAUAUUUCAGGAUUAAUUUCCUCCCCAAGGGAUAUUUUCCUAUCAGAAUUCCUCUGUGGAUAGGGAUCACUUUUACCAUAUAUGUCCAGUUAGCCUGUGAGAAUAGGUCAGAAGUGACAUUAUGCACACAGUUCUGAAUGAGUGACUAAUGUUAACUAAAUGGUCACAUCCAAAUUCUAUAACUUCAAGUCAUUUAACUCAUGUUCAAGGAACCGUAGGCUGGCGAUGCUAUAUGGAUUACAUCAUGUAAAGAACCUCAGAAUUUUUCAAGUGUAGAUUUAAUUCCAGUAGUAUUUUCACAUUUUAUGGUCAUUUUGUAAUUGUAAUUGAGAGCUGGCUUAGGCUAUUCAUGCAUUUUAUGAGAGGAAACGCCAACAAAUAUUUCCACUUGACAUGUGGAACUGUUUAUGUCAUAUUCCAUUCCUGUCCGACAGUGUCCACUGACAUUUGUAACUGGUGACAGAAUGUGCUUCUUGCCGGUUGUGGCUGAUAACACCUCUAGCCAAUCAGUUUAAAAGCGCAUGGGAAUUUUCGAGUCAGAGACUAAGUGCAGAAUCCUUUUAUAACUGCCUGGAUUCACAAGCAUUGUAGGGUAGCACUCUGCACAAGGGUGUCGGAGACAGUAACAUGAGCCUUUGGUCCCACCAUGGUACAUGGCUGUACUAGUGGAAGCAGACAGCUGAAGGUCCUCUGCUAGCCCUGCUGUUUUAUCUGAGUUUGUUUGAUAUGAUCUUUUCUUAGGAAGUUUCUCUUAUUCGUGAGAACUGCUUCAGUGUCCUUAUUUGUGGAAAGACCCAUUUAGCCUUUUCAAAUUCUCACAGAGAUCACGUUUGAAAGUAGAGGAUUUCUCACUGCCUGAUUAAGCCUAUAUUAUUCAAAUACAAAUGCCGAUUAUCUCCGCCCUGUACUGUACGGGGGAAACAUUGCCCGUUGUUGAGUUCUGUACAGCCUGUUCUAUAUGUAAAGCCCCAGUUUGUGUUGUGACAUGCCUGAGGCCCUGAGAAACCUGCCAGCAGCACACUCAACUGCCCUGUCAAUCAUGUUCUGAACCGAAGAUAAUGCAGCAGAGGCAGUGAACCUGACUAAACUUCUUUAAAUUCGCUUUUCCUUCUUAGAUUUCACCAUGUUAUCACCAAAGUGCAUUUGUUUCCCCUAUCUGUGUAAAGGGGGAACUGUUGUCAGAACUCUGACUGAGUUACUUUGUCCACAAAUGUGUUCCGUUCAAUUCAUUUUUAACCUCAGUUAGAGUAGGAUGUUGUACAGCAUAAUUUUUCGUCAGAAGCACAAAGUUACUGAGGGUAACAUGUCUCUUUAAGCCCCUUUUAUGGCUUCAUGUGAAUGUAAAGUCAUGCAAAAUAAAUGAACCAGAACUGCCGAAUAGAAAGAAAACAGAAGCCCUGCCAAUUUGAAAGCUUUGCAUUGGAGAUAACGUGAAAGGCAGUUCCUUGAACUUUCAUACCAUUCUGUGAAGGACAGGCACCUUUACCUGCAGCCAAAAGGCCAUUGUGCUGGCAGGCUCUUUGUGGGAGAAAUCCAGUGCGAAGUCCAUGCGGGCUGUGCCUGCUCGCACGCAGACGGGCUGCAGCUCGAGAUGAGAAGCCAUGGAAACCGGGCCAUUGACGGCUGCCAAUAUUGUUUUGUGGGCGAGUGCCCUUUAAGCAAGCAAAGAUCCUCCUCUGCACUCCCCAGCCACCGCUGACGUAAUUGGAAAAAGGGAAGACCUCCAGUGGAGAAUUGAGUUAAAAGCCAUAUGUUCACGGUAUAUAAUUCAGGGAUGGAAAUAGACUCCUAUUGCAGAGCUGAUCAAGUCUACAUUUCAUUAGAUAAAACCAUUUUGAUAACACAGUGUAAAAAUAAAAGAGAAAACCAAACCCAGAAUUAUAAUUAUGGUGUAAUGUAUAAUUAUGAAAAUAUUUGAGAAGAGAAGUUCUAUGCAUUGAGUCAUGUUCGCAUUCCCUUGUAAUGUUGUUCUGGAUAUAAGUGCCAAAAAUUGUGUACUGUAUUGUAAUACAGGGUUUACCGUAAGCAGUGGAUUUUCAAAUGUUUUUGUUGUUUGUUUUUUUUAAAUAGAAAUGUUUCAAACAA